CGGCUGAUUCGGAGGCAGCGGCGGGGGAUGGACGAGGGUACCUGCGGCGGCCAGCGGCGACGGGCGGCCCAGAUUGCAGCCUCUGUUUAAGUAUUGGGAAGGCUCUGGAUCAUCUUCAACAAGACGGACGUUGAAUGUUUAGCAUCGCCUCUUUGGAUUUUUGCAUGUGAAUUGGAACCACUUUAUUUCUAGGUUUGCUGGGAUGGGUAAUCUUCUUAAGGUCCUUACCAGGGAAAUUGAAAACUAUCCACAUUUUUUCCUGGAUUUUGAAAAUGCACAGCCCACGGAUGGAGAAAGGGAGGUCUGGAACCAGAUCAGUGCAGUUUUACAGGACUCAGAAAGCAUGCUUGCAGACCUUCAGGCUUACAAAGGAGCUGGACAAGAAAUUAGAGAUGCAAUACAAAAUCCCAAUGAUAUCCAGCUGCAAGAAAAAGCAUGGAAUUCAGUCUGCCCCCUGGUUGUAAGGCUAAAGCGCUUUUAUGAGUUUUCACUCAGAUUAGAGAAAGCCCUGCAGAGCUUACUGGAAUCCUUGACAUGCCCUCCCUACACUCCAACUCAGCACCUGGAACGGGAACAGGCUCUAGCAAAAGAGUUUGCAGAAAUCUUACAUUUUACUCUUCGUUUUGAUGAACUUAAGAUGAGAAACCCAGCAAUUCAGAAUGACUUCAGUUAUUACAGGCGGACAAUAAGUCGCAACAGAAUAAACAACAUGCAUCUAGACAUUGAGAAUGAAGUGAACAAUGAAAUGGCCAACAGGAUGUCCCUGUUCUAUGCAGAGGCCACACCAAUGCUGAAAACCCUCAGUAAUGCAACAACACAUUUUGUAUCAGAAAACAAAACAUUACCAAUUGAAAAUACAACGGACUGUCUUAGUACUAUGGCCAGUGUAUGUAAAGUCAUGUUGGAAACGCCAGAGUACAGGAGUAGAUUCACCAGUGAAGAGACCCUUAUGUUCUGCAUGCGAGUGAUGGUGGGAGUUAUUAUCCUGUACGACCACGUUCAUCCUGUGGGAGCUUUCUCAAAGACAUCAAAGAUUGAUCUAGUGCAAUUCAUAUAUUAUUGUUCAAUAGUGGCAUGCUUCUGUUCCCAGAUGAAGGGAUGCAUAAAAGUUUUAAAGGAACAACCACCUGACUCUGUGGAAGGACUUCUGAAUGCUCUCAGGUUCACUACAAAACACCUGAAUGAUGAAUCUACUUCAAAACAAAUUCGAGCUAUGCUGCAGUAGUACCCACAGACAAGUAGAUGUUUGUAUUGAUCACAGAAGAUGUGUAUGUUUACAUAAUUUAAUACAGUUUGAUGUUAAUACUUGUGUGUAUUUACAUAACCAUUUUCUUCACAUUGCUAAAAUAUAUAAAUCUGUUCAUAACCUGACUGACUUUAUAUAGUGCAACCUAAGUUCUUAUUCCAGCCUUUAUCUUUUGACUUUUAAAAUACUUUUUUACUUAGAUACUUCAGUUAAGACAGUUUAUCUGUGCAUUUUAAUCCUUAAACACCUUCUCUAUCAGAGAAGUAGUAGUGAAGACAAAAUGGAAAUCAAACUGAAAUGUCAAAGGUACCACAGAAAAGGAACUUUAAAGAAGAAGAAAGUUAAUAUAAGAGAAAUCAAAAUUCAUUUGGUAUGUUUUGAAGAACAUGUGCACAGUUUUUUGGUCAGUUUUAGGAUCUUGUCAAACUAGUAUGAAUAGGAGAAUACCUGAAUGUUCAUUACUCAUAAAAUGCAUUGUCUUUCCUGUAAUAAGUGGAGAUCCACCUGAUUUUAUGGAUUAAGUGCUGUCUGGCAUCCAAAAAUGUAUUUCAAACAGGUAAUUUUACCUUUUUAAUUAAGUAUAACCCAUACCUUUCAACAGCCUAGGAAAUUAAUAUCCUUUUUCAGAUGCAGUAUAAAUGAAGAGAAAAUAUGCUUAAAGAUCAUUGAUAGAUUUUGAAAACUCUGUAUAUUUUAUUAGAUUUAGAAAGGAAAGGGAAAAUACUAAUGCCUUGACUUAACUGGAAAAGGUUUGUCAGUGUAAAUAUAUCACACUGAACAUUAACUACCAGACAGCUUUAGCCAGUAAUUUUUUGGCUGAUCUAAACUAGUACACUCUUCUGUAGCAAACUUCCCUGGUGUCAUAUCGGCUGCAUCAGACUAGGGAUGGUUUAAAAUUAAGAGCUGAUCUUUUCUUAGGAACUCCAUUAUGUUCCUGGUAGUGUUAUUCAUUAGAUGACUCAGAAUCAACACAGAAAUAUUUAUCAGCUGACUGCUCUUCACUGGCUUUUGAGAUGUGAUUGAUACUUCAAAAAGUUAAGUUCCUUGCUGAGUUGUUUGUCUUACUUUCUGGUAAAUUUUCCAGUUAAUGGAAUAGAAAUACUUUGCCAAAAGCAGCAAAGUGCUCAUGCUCUGUUAUGUGUGUCUACUGGGUGGUCUGCAGUUGCUGUACAUAUUCUUGCAGAGGUCACGUUCAGAAAAUGUGUUUGAUUUUGUGUACUUUGCUUGCAUGUAUGUGUGGAAACUCCAGUGCUUGUGCACAGAUUCAGAUUUGCAUUUGCUUAUCCCCCUAUAGAUAAAUCAGGGUUUGUGUGCUUUCACUGGAAUUUUCAUGCACAUCUCUUCUAAAAAAUUACCUUAAGACUUUGAAGAUGCAUUUGGUCUGCUGGAACUCGGCUGCACUGUGACAAACUGUGUCAUUGAACUCAGUCCUUAAACAGUAUUAAUGUCACAAGUUCUCUGGAGUAGGGAUUAACUUGAGAGUUUAUUUCUGAGCAGAGCAACCCCUGUGAGGUUUCUCAGACCCGAUCAGAACCCACAGGUGCCAAUGUCAUGCAUGUCCUGAUGCUGGACAGCACCACAACUCCAGCAUUCAUGUCACACCCCUGCAGGUGCAGCAGCCGGUUGCUAUGAUGUUGUUGGGGAGAGAGGUAGAACUCACUCACAUUAGAUCUUUUUCUUUUUCUGAAAGCAAUGACCACACUUUUUUUCACAGUAGCAAAUCCACUGUUUACAGGCUCCAUUUUUAAUGGGGGGACAUUUAAAAAAUGUAUGUUAGGGAAAAUCCUGCUUUGUUCAUAGUCACUUCCAGUUAGGUAAAUUAGGUGGAUGACAGGCCAUUCUGUUGAGCUUUGGUAACUGAAGUUAAUAUAUGCUUACCUGCAAUUUUUUGUCAAACAAUGAAGUCUUAUCUUUAAGUAGCCCAGAGAAAAACUAUUUGUCACUUGUAUAAUAAAAAUGUAAACCUUAAAGCAUACUGUGAGUUGUCAUGUGCUGUUUGUGAAGUCACGGGAUUUCUUGGCCUGCUUUGAUGUUUUUGUACAGAAGUUUGUUUGAAAUAAUAAAAAAUUUGGUACAGUAA